AUGAUUAUGGCAGAUCAUGAGAAACGCUUGCAAUUUUUACGUCAACAACUGGAUGAUAGCAUCAGAUUAUAUUAUUGUCAACAACAACAAACUGCACUGAAUCGAAGUAAUAAUAAUGGACGAUCACUGCCACUGGUCAAUGUAAAGAAUCGUCGAAUACUUCAUAUGUUACAUCAAGAUGAAACUAAUGCUUGCAUACAAAUCUCGGGGAAUAUGGCAAAGAAAAAUUUUACUGCAGUAGUAGUCACGACGAAAAUACCCAACAACGAUUCUGAUGCAUUUGAGAAAGUCGAUUCGUUUUUCAAGUCGGCUGUAUCACCACUGCAAGUUAUUGUUAAUUCUGGUAAUCAACAGCAAAAUUCUGCUCUUGAAACAACAAUUAAUUUCAUGGCAGGAUUUAACAGUCCAGUAGGCAGCAUCGAUUCGGGUAUAUCAUCACUUAGCUCAUCAAACAGCUCACCUGCCUCAUCACCCGGAUGCUCACCAAUUGCAAUUAACUGUACUCCUUUUCAAUACAUCGUCGAACAGCAAGUGAUGCAGCGUGGCCGAUCAAUAAGUGAAAGUAUAAGUGCAACAAUUGGUCUCAAAAGUAUUCUAAAAAAAUCCAUUCCAGCACACAUCAGUACGGGACGUUUUUUAAGAUCAUAUUCGGAAUGUCAAAGUAAGGAAGAGGGAGAGAUAAAAGUGGUUGUCGCAGAUGUAAAUAAUGAGAACAGCGGAGGAUGUACUCCACGAAAGAAACAUGUAUCAUUCAGUGAACGCUUGGUGCAGGAGCGAUCAUUUCGACCUAAUUCAUCUAUUUUAAGUCAGAAAAAGAAGAACCAGCGAAGGCAAAAAAAUAAAAUGAAAAAGAAGGGUGCUCUAGCAGUGGAAGAUAGUUCAACGGAUGAUGAAGCACGACAUCGUUCAAAUUCUGAAAAAAUACAUUGCGCUACUUGUAAUAACAACGAGAAAGACGGAACAAAUCCGAUCGAAUGUGAUUUAGCUGCAUGUGUUUUGAAAGAUCAUUUGGUGGUAGAGCAGGAUGAUUGUCAUGUUGCUGCAAAAAUUCAUAAACAUAUCGUACGAAUCAAUUCCGAUUAA